AUGCCAAUAAUCGAUAGUUUGAAAUUGAGAAAUCCUUCAGUUUCUAAUAUUACUAAUAGCAAUACGACUACUAGCAUGUUGCUUGGUCAAAGAAAUGUUAUUGCUGACGGAAAUGAAAAUGGUAAUGCUGGUGUUAACUCCUUAAAUACAUUCUUCAACAAUAAGAUGAGGACCAAUCAGAAUCAUACCUACAACAACAACAACAACAACAACAACAACAACAACAACAACAACAACAACAACAACAACAACAACAACAACAACAACAACAAUCACAAGAAUAAUGGCAAUCGGAAUUAUAAGGUCAAGCUUUUACACAAUACCAAAAGGUAUAAACACCAUUUGAAUUUGAAAAAUGCUUCCUAUUAUUAUUGUAUGAAUUGUUCUUGCUUUAAAUGUUGCAAAGCUAAAAUUUCGAAGGAUUACUGUCCUGGUGAUGUUUUACCUCCAGAAAAUGCGAAUUCCAAUGAUGAUUUGAUACAAGAAUUUGCUAAUGAUGGAAAUGGCACAACGAACGACGAUGACAUCGUUAGUUUUGCUCCUAAUGCAAUUGGAAUAUCGGAAAAUUCAUACAUUAUUGAUGAAAUUGGUGAAAUUGGUGAAAUUGGUGAAAUUGAUGAAAUUGAUGAAAUUGGUGAAAUUGGUGAAAUUGAUGAAAUUGGUGAAAUUGAUGAAAUUGAUGCUUUUGGAUAUAAAUUAAAGCUGAAUGAAAAUCUCCCAACCUAUAGGGAUGCUGUGCUGCCCAAGAAACAUAUAGCUAGAAAUAUGUUGCAAUUGUUGCGCGAUCCUAAAUCUAACUUCUACAGUUUUUUUGUUGGAGAACAUGUUCUUUUGAAGAAUUUUGCUGCUAAAACAGGACAACCUGGUUAUACUGGUCCUUUUGUCGUUCAUGAAGUCCAUGGUAAUUCUUAUGUUCUUCGUACCAAUGCUGGUAAAGUCCCUCCUUUCACUUUUUCAGUUGAACAUCUUCGUCCAAAAUUUGCCUACUAUGGAAAUUCCUCUUCGAACUGUUUCUGA